GUCGCACUUCGUUUUCUGAGCAAAACUUCAUUCUGUUCCGUUGUUCAGAUUAGUUGUCGCUCCAAUACUUCAGAUGAACACCAAGAAGUUCAGGCUGCCCGGCCACCUCGUCGGCCCGGCAGCGCUCUCCGAUCCUUCGUCGCCGCAGCAGCUAUCGUCGUCGCUCCAUCAGGAGGAACCCGAAAAUUCUGCUACUAGUAGUCAGCAGCACUGCGCGGGUUGCAGGCUGCACGAGGACUACACGCCGUGGUCGGCUCUCGCGCAGAGCUGCCUCGGCACCGACAACGCCGCGUUCGACUGCGCCGAGAGCCUGUUCGACUACCCUCUCGGAAUGCUCCUGAUGCCGAUAGCCAGGACGCCCUAUCAGUAUCAGUCGUCGGAGAACGACCGCUGCCGGACACGGCCGCAGCGGGAUGCAAUGGAGACAACCCCUACACAGCCCCACAAGCUGCCCCUGCCGCAGCAGCAGAGGGAUCAUGGGCUGUUCAGCUUCAGCAACGCUUCCACCACUUGGUCUCGUGGUGGCGAACCAAAGACGCACUCGUUCUCUCCUCUUGUGGCGGCGCCGGACGCAAUUCUCCCGGCGAUGGAGAACCAAAAGGUGCCGCUGCCGGGAAACUGCAUGGACGCGCCUGUGACCCCCGUCGGCGACGGCGCCGCCAGGGCGCCAGCAGCUGAAUCCAGCACCGCGCCGAGGAAGACGCGGAUCCGAUGGACGCAGGACCUGCACGAGCGGUUCGUCGAGUGCGUGAACCAGCUCGGUGGCGCCGAUAGGACAACACCUAGAGCGAUCCAGAAGAUGAUGAAUUCAGAUGUCAUUACAAUCUUCCAUAUCAAGAGCCAUCUACAGAAAUAUCGUAUGGCGAAGUACAUGCUAGGGUCGUCAUCCGAAGCAAAACAAAUGGAAGAAAGAGCCGCCAGUAACGACAUGCAGAAUCUAGACCUAAAAAGUGGAGUGCACAUCACAGAAGCGCUACGCGUUCAACACGUCAUGCAGAGACGCCUCGGCAAGCAGCUUAAGAUGCAGCGAGAUCUGCAGCUGAGGAUAGAGGCGCAGGGCAAGGUACUGCAGAAAAUGAUCCGAGGGCGAGCAGGAACGCAACGGAGCCGCGGGAGGUGGACCAUGUCUCCCCGGUGACUGGCCAUGAUGAUGACGCGUUUGACAACCUGCACCUCCCGUUCGGCGAUGGCAGCAACUCCUCUGACGAAGAUGUGUUCACGUCGAAAAUAAGUUGUUAGCUAUUUUUCUUUUACUCCUUGAUCUUCGAAUCACCCCCAUGUUUUGUUAUCAUUGCUUUCUGCUAAUCCAAUGAAAUGCCAGCGA